AUGGAGAUGAUCCAACAUAACUAUGUGACUGUUAGAGGGCUAAAACAUCAUGUUGCUGAGAUUGGAACAGGUCCAGCUGUGGUUUUCCUACAUGGGUUUCCCGAAAUAUGGUAUUCAUGGAGGCAUCAGAUGGUAGCUGUGGCUAAUGCCGGAUUUCGGGCUAUUGCCCCUGAUUUCAGAGGCUAUGGGUUGACUGAAAUUCCUGCUGAGCCUGAAAAGACUACAUUCAAGGACCUUGUGGAUGACCUCCUGGAUUUGUUUGAUUCUUAUCAGCUUCCAAAGGUUUUUCUUGUUGGGAAAGAUUUUGGAGCUCGGGUUGUUUACCAUUUCACACUGCUUCACCAAGACAGAGUUUCAGGGGUUGUCACAAUGGGUUUACCGUUCAUGCCUAUUGGUCCCGAUGCGACCCUGGAUUCUCAUCCAAAAGGCUUCUACGUUAUGAGAUGGAGGGAACCAGAGAGACCAGAAGCAGACUUUGGCCGAUUCGAUAUCAAGACAGUGGUGAAGAAAAUAUACAUUCUCUUCACAGAAAGUGAGCUGCAAGUUGCUAGAGAAGAUCAGGAAGUACUGGAUCUGGUUGAUGAAUCUGCACCUCUGCCUCCAUGGUUUACUGAAGAAGAUCUGGAGAACUAUGCCCAACUGUAUGAGAAUUCUGGUUUUCGAACUGCGUUGCAGAUUCCGUAUAGGGGUUGGUUGGAAUACGAUGGAGUCGAGGAUCCAAGAGUAGAUGUUCCUUCCUUGCUGAUAAUGGGAGAAAAGGACUAUGCUAUGCAUUUUUCAGGUAUGGGAGAUUAUAUAAAGAGUGGAAUGGUGAAAAAGUAUGUUCCUGAUCUGGAGAUAACUUUUGUCCCGGAAGGAAACCACUUCAUUCAGGAGCAACUUCCAGAUAAGGUGAACCAGCUUCUGAUUGCAUUCCUUAAUAAGCUCAUCAAAUGA